UCCCCCCGGCCCGUAGAGCUACGGCUUGGGGAGAACAAAAGGCAGGAGCGGGAGGAGGCGCGGGGAGGCGGGCAGGCGGCCACGGGGGGGGAUAAAAGGCUCAACGGGGAACCCCCCCCCCUUUCUCCCUUUACCCCAUGUCCGAUCCCGCUCCGCCGCCCGGCAUGGCCCGUCCGCCGCUGCCCGCCGCCGCGCUGCUGGCCGCCGCUCUGCUGCACUGCGCGCCCGCCGCGCCCGCCCGCCGCCACAAGCCGGACGUGUCCCGAAAGCAUCACACCUGGAAGGAGCAGAGUCCUUGGCUGUCUUCCUUGGUGAACACUGUGGGGACCGGUGUGCCUAUGAAGGGCUUCCCUGUGAAUGCAGAUGAGCCAGCGGUGCGCUGGAACCCGCCCCGGUGUGGCGUUCCAGACCUCCCGGUGCUGCCGGACGGACAGAACGGGCGGAACCGGCAGAAGCGAUUUGUCCUCUCUGGUGGGCGCUGGGACAAGACUGAUCUCACCUACAAAAUCAUCAGGUUCCCGUGGCAACUUGUGAAGUCUAAAGUGAGGAGGACCAUUGAGGAAGCUUUGAAAGUGUGGAGUGACGUGACACCGCUGACCUUCACUGAGGUGCAGGAGGGACGGGCUGACAUCGUCAUCGAUUUCACAAGGUACUGGCAUGGAGACAACCUACCUUUUGACGGGCCCGGAGGGAUCCUGGCACAUGCGUUCUUCCCCAAGACACACCGGGAGGGAGAUGUCCAUUUUGACUAUGACGAGACCUGGACGAUUGGGAACAACCUGGGCACUGACCUCCUGCAAGUGGCUGCUCACGAGUUUGGCCAUGUCCUGGGCCUGCAGCACACAGCUGUCUCCAAGUCACUCAUGUCUCCUUUCUACAUCUUCCGCUACCCGCUGAGCCUGAGUGAGGAUGACAAGCAAGGUAUCCAGUACCUCUAUGGGAAACCCAAACUGGAUCCUGCCCCAACCCCAACUGAGCCAGCAGAGCUGCCCCAGGCAGGCCUUGAAACCAAUGAGAUCACCAAUGUAGAGGCAGUGCAGCCCGACGCCUGCGACACAGCUUUUGAUGCCGUGUCUACCAUCCGAGGGGAGCUCUUCUUCUUCAAGUCCCGCUACGUGUGGCGGCUUCGAGCAGGAAAGCUGCAGGACGGCUACCCAGCUCUGGCCUCCCGCCACUGGCAGGGCAUCCCCAGCUCUGUCGAUGCCACCUUUGAGGACCCUCUGGGCAAUAUCUGGUUUUUCCAAGAUUCUCAGUACUGGAUAUAUGAUGGUGAGAGACGGGUAUCUGGUCCCACUCCAAUUGUGGAGCUGGGCCUCCCUGCAUCCCCUGUACAGGCAGCUCUGGUGUGGGGGGCUGAGAAGAACAAGAUCUACAUCUUCGGUGGAGGCAACUACUGGCGCUUCCACCCUCACACACGCCAGGUGGACAACAUCUACCCUCGGACCAUGGCUGACUGGCGCGGUGUCCCUCAGGAGAUCGACGCAGCUUUUCAGGAUGAGUUUGGUUUUGCCUAUUUCCUGAGAGGCCGAGAUUACUGGAAGUUUGAUCCAGUGCAGGUGAAGGUGCUGGAGGGCUACCCACGGCAGAUCAGCCAGGACUUCUUCAGCUGUGUGCCUUCCUCCAACUCCUUCAGAUGAGGGGGAUGCCUGUCCUCCACACUCCCCUUUCAUCACCCUUACACCAGCAGCCACAAAGAGGGUUCCCUCUGCCAUUACUGACUUCCUUCCAGGCACAGCAUCUGACACAACAGGUCUCUGUCACAAGUGACAAAGUUUGCCCCUCUCCAGUUCCAGCAGCCCCAGCUUCAGUUGCUAUCAAUGUAAAAGCAUUUGCCAUGUUAUUUGCAGGCAAGAGCGGCCACUAAAUCCUUAAUGUGGCCAUGCUCUUCUAGCAAUAGCAUCCCAAAAGUCAUCAAGCUAGCCUGGAACAGGAUUAUACUCUCCUAACCAACCUGGACCCCACCCUGCAGAACCGAUCAGUCGGCAUUUCCUAUGUUUACACAGCUCAUAACAGCAGCCCUUUGCUGCUCCAGGCACGGGCCGGGAGGGAGGAGGGCUUCCACCGAGGCGCUCCCUUGGCAGCAGGCGGGGACUUUGACGGACACUGACUGCACCUGCGGAGGAGCGCAGACGUGCGGCUGCUGCCAGGGUCACUUCCCCGGGACUGCAGCGGAGACCGACAGACCCUGCCGCAGCCCUGCUCCUGGUUUUGUGUUGUAUGACUAGUACGCGUUAGGGUUUUAUACGGAUUUGUAUAUAGACAA